GUUUUUAUCCACGUGUCAGAAUAGAAAUCACCAAAUCUCCAUGUGAUGGACUGCUAAUAAAAAAACCAACUCCCAUGGAAGUAUGUGUUUGAGAAGAGAAAGAGAAGAGAUUCAUCCCAUUAUCCACUGAGAAUCAAAUAAAAUGGCAAUUUCAACAGCCGUGAGUUCACUAAGCCUCAAUCAGCCCUCUCGAUUAGGAGUACAGAAAACAGCAGUUAGAGGGCUGCCUCCCCUUCCUUCCAGAAAAUCUCUCAUAGUUGUAGCCAGCGGCGGCAAGAAGCUCAAGGUUGACCAGCCCUUCGGAAUUGGCGGAGGAAUGAAACUGAGGAAUGGGGUAGAUGCAUCCGGCAGGAAGCCUACCGGAAAGGGCGUUUACCAAUUUGUCGACAAGUAUGGUGCUAAUGUGGAUGGAUAUAGUCCAAUUUACAAGGAAGAAGAUUGGUCCCCCACUGGUGAUGUCUAUGUUGGAGGUAAAAACUGGCUUAGCAAUAUGGGCUGUUACCUUUGUUGGCAUCCUGGCAGGAGGUGCUCUCCUUGUGUACAACACCAGUGCUCUCUCACAGUAAAUCUCUCACAGUAAAUUAUCCAUCAUAUGUUUUACCUCAUGCUUGCUGCAGCAUGUCAGCUAAAUCUUGAACCAUGUAACUGUUCUGAACAUACUCAAAUAAGUGCUAGCCAGAUUCAGAAAUGUAUCAAUAUUCAGUUCAUCCCAUUUUCUUAUUUUGAUUUAUGAUGCUUGACUCAAGUUUCUACCAUUUAAUUUGGUACAUUAAUUUGACGAUAGUAUUAAUUUGUACAAUUCAGAAAGUGCUGCAAAUUAACUGCCCAUGAGACAAAAAGGUUAAUUUUAAUAGGAAAGAAUAUCCACUGUAG